GUCAGCUUUUUUUUUUCUAACUUCUUGAAAAUGCUUCCUUAUGGGGCUGAGUCUGAUUGACAGCAUGCAGUGAAAAGCUGAGUAUAUAAGUGAGUGAACUGUUCUCUAUUAUCCACUCUAGACAAGGCUCCCCAUACGUGCAGUUGGCUGGCUCUACAAGGGAACAAACAAUACAUUUGCUUUUUAAGUCAUUUGAAGGUCUUUUUUUUUACUUUAUUUCUGCAUUCCUUCUGAUAUUUGGAUUGGGAAAAGAUCAGCUUUUAUGAGGCUUGUAACAAAAAGAGGGGUUAUGUUACAGACAACUUUGCAGCGACUUCUUAUCUUUCUUUGUUUUUGGGCUUUCCUGAAUGCUCAAGAUGAAGAUGGGGAAGAUGAGACUACUUUUGAUUUAUUUGAAAUUAGUAAUAUAAACAAAAGGACCAUUGGUGUCAAAAUGUUUCGUGGACAUGAUCCAAAUUCUCCCGCAUACCGAUUUCUCCGGUUUGAUCAUAUACCUCCUGUUAAAUCUGAAAAAAUGAGGGAAAUUAUUCACCUGAUGCAACUAAAUGAAGGUUUUAUUUUAACUGCCACGAUAAAACAAGACAAACGAAACAGAGGAACACUUCUUUCUAUAGAGGGCCCUGGCAUUUCCAACAGAAUGUUUGAACUUGUGUCAAAUGGACGAGCCAAUACUCUGGACCUAAUUUAUUGGAUAGAAGGAACUCAAAACGUGAUAUCCUUGGAGGAUGUUGACCUGGCUGACUCUCAGUGGAAAAAUAUUACUGUUCAGCUCACAGGUGAAAACUUCAACCUCUAUGUUGGUUGUGACCUUAUGGAUAGUUUCCGCCUGGAGGAAACUUUCUACGAGCAUCUGAAAGCUGAUAACAACAAGAUGUUUUUGGCCAGGGGCUCAAUACGUGAAAACCAUUUUAGGGGACUGCUUCAAAAGAUUAAGUUAAUCUUUGACACACCAGUUGAAGACAUCUUGAAGAAGAAAGGUUGUCAGCUUGGGCACACAGGUGACAAUGCCAUCAGCGAAAAAACAGAAAUGAUCCACCUCUCCCCCCUCACUGAAUAUGUUGGAAAGAAAGAAGAUAGACAGAUAGACUUCUGUGACAGAUCCUGUGAUGAGUUAAGCACUAUGUUUACCGAACUAUCCGGACUGCGUGUUGUUGUCAAUAACCUGCUUGACAACCUUCAGAAAGUGUCUGAAGAAAACCAGGAGUUGUGGGAACUGAUUGGACCAAACAAAACCCUAAAAAACCAAUCAGUGUGCUGGCAGGAUGGACGUGUCUUUGGUGAUAAUGAAGACUGGAUUGUAGACAGUUGUACCAAAUGCACAUGUCAGAGCUCAAAAACAGUUUGUCAUCAGAUUACGUGUCCAACUGUACAUUGUGACAGCCCAACUUUUGUUGAAGGAGAGUGUUGUCCUGUCUGUUUCCCAUUAGAUAACGAAGCUGGUUGGUCUCCAUGGUCUGAGUGGACAGAAUGCUCUGUAACCUGUGGCCCUGGAACCCAACAACGUGGAAGAUCAUGUGACGCUACCAGUAGUACUUGUGCUGGCUCCUCAAUCCAAACUAGAACAUGCAACCCUGGGAAAUGUGACCACCGCAUACGUCAAGAUGGUGCUUGGAGUCAUUGGUCCCCAUGGUCAGCCUGUUCUGUGACAUGUGGAAUUGGCAACAUCACCCGUAUUCGUCUAUGUAAUUCCCCCAAGCCCCAGUUAGGGGGAAAGAACUGCACUGGAAUUGGACGGGAAACAAAAGAAUGUGAAGGGGUCCCAUGUCCAAUAAAUGGUAAAUGGGGUCCUUGGUCACCAUGGUCUAGCUGCAGUGUUACCUGUGGAGGAGGUCUGCGAGAGAGGUCCCGUAUUUGUAAUAACCCUAAGCCACAAUAUGGAGGGAAGAAAUGUGGCGGUGAUACAAAAGAGAAGGACAUGUGUAAUAAGCAGGAUUGUCCAAUUGAUGGGUGCCUAUCAAAUCCUUGCUUUCCUGGAAGUGAAUGCAAUAGCUACCCUGAUGGAUCUUGGUCAUGUGGAGCUUGUCCAGUUGGUUACAUUGGCAAUGGAACAUUUUGCGAGGAUCUAGAUGAGUGUACGCUGGUUACGGAUGCUUGCUUCCGCCUGGGUGGUGUCCAUCGAUGUGUGAACACAGAUCCUGGUUAUCAAUGCCUUCCUUGCCCACCUCGCUACAAAGGCAACCAACCAUUCGGUGUUGGAUUAGAAGUUGCACAGAAAGACAAGCAAGUAUGUGAACCAAUAAAUCCAUGCAAAGACAAGUCUCACAACUGUCACAAGUCUGCAGAAUGUAUUUAUAUUGGCCACUUCAGCGAACCAUCUUUCAAAUGUGAAUGUCGCACAGGCUAUGCAGGUGAUGGCAUCAUUUGUGGAGAAGACUCUGAUUUGGAUGGCUGGCCCAACAAUAACCUAAUCUGUGCGGCCAAUGCUACUUAUCACUGCGUCAAGGAUAAUUGUCCACUCCUCCCUAAUUCUGGACAAGAAGACUUUGAUAAGGAUGGUGUGGGCGAUGCAUGUGACAGAGAUGAUGACAAUGAUGGCGUAGAUGAUGAAAAGGAUAAUUGCCCUCUGCUGUUCAACCCACGUCAAUUUGAUUAUGACAAAGAUGAAGUUGGAGAUCGCUGUGACAACUGCCCUUAUGUGCACAAUCCUGCCCAGAUCGAUACUGACAAUAAUGGAGAAGGAGACGCCUGUGCAGUGGACAUUGAUGGCGAUGAUAUUUUAAAUGAAUUGGAUAACUGUCCAUAUGUGUACAACACAGACCAGACUGACACUGAUAAGGAUGGAGUGGGUGAUCAGUGUGACAACUGUCCUUUAAUGCACAAUCCUGACCAGACCGACGUGGACAAUGAUCUUGUGGGAGAUCAGUGUGAUAAUAAUGAAGACAUUGAUGAAGAUGGCUAUCAAAACAAUUUGGACAAUUGCCCCUAUAUACCUAAUGCAAAUCAAGCUGACCAUGACAAAGACGGCAGAGGAGAUGCUUGUGAUUCAGACGAUGACAAUGAUGGUGUCCCUGAUGAUAGAGACAACUGUCGGCUUGUGUUUAAUCCAGACCAGAAAGAUUCCAAUGGCGAUGGCAGAGGUGAUGAGUGCAAAGAUGAUUUUGAUAAUGACAGCAUUCCUGAUAUCUUUGAUGUCUGUCCAGAAAACAGUGGUAUAAGUGAGACUGACUUUAGGAAAUUCCAGAUGGUUCCUUUAGAUCCAAAGGGAACAGCACAAAUUGAUCCCAACUGGGUGAUUCGACAUCAAGGAAAAGAGCUGGUUCAGACUGCCAAUUCAGAUCCUGGUAUAGCUGUGGGCUUUGACGAGUUCAGCGCAGUCGACUUUAGUGGAACGUUCUACGUAAACACAGACCGUGAUGAUGAUUAUGCUGGCUUUGUAUUUGGUUAUCAAUCCAGCAGUAGAUUCUAUGUGUUAAUGUGGAAGCAAGUCACUCAAACGUAUUGGGAAGAUAAGCCAUCUAGGGCCUAUGGGUACUCUGGUGUCUCUCUAAAAGUUGUCAACUCAACGACAGGGACUGGAGAACAUUUGAGGAAUGCUUUGUGGCACACUGGAAAUACACCUGGAGAGGUGCGAACAUUGUGGCAUGACCCCAAGAACGUUGGUUGGAAAGACUACACUGCUUACAGGUGGCAUCUGACUCACAGACCAAAGACUGGCUACAUUAGAGUUGUUGUGUAUGAAGGAAAAUUAAUCAUGGCAGAUUCUGGGCCAUUAUAUGACAAAACAUAUGCAGGGGGACGACUGGGGCUCUUUGUAUUCUCCCAAGAGAUGGUAUUCUUCUCUGAUCUCAAAUAUGAAUGUAAAGAUUUUUAAUAAAUUGUUAACAAAUUGUGUACUUUACUGUACAUCCUGCGUGACCAAGACACCUCAAUUCACCUGGUACCCUUUAAAGUCUUUAAAUCUGUCUGCACGGCAACACCUCAUAAACCCUGUAAGAUCCAUGUCGAAGAGGAAUAGAGUGCAGACAUCUAGCACAUCAAAGGACAAGAGCAAAAACCUCAUCUUGAACUUUAGUACGGUUGAUAAAUCGCCAAAUGUGGGUGAUUUUUGGAAAAAAAAAAAAAUUGAUGAUGCAGUAAAACAACAUUUUAUACUAAAAGAUCAUUUAUGUCUUGCUUAUGUCAAUCAACUAAUCAACUCACAGUCAUUGAUAAGGUGCAUAUAUUAUAUCACUGAGAUAUUUUACCCAUCAGUUUUAUCAAAGUACUAGUUUAUUUCUCCUGGAUUUUCUUAUUCACCAUUGGCCGUUUGUUGGAGACAAAUAUUUAACCCAAUGUCAUAUUGUUUUCACGAGCAAGAAGCAUUGGCAUAAUUGAAAAGAAAAUUGUACAGCACAGUAAUAAAGUAAGGAUUCUAAAUACAGGUUAAUUAACCUAAAUCAAGCCUUAAAAAAAGGAGACUGAUGAAUUAAACUAUCAAUUUUAUAAUUUAAGAUAAAUUUGUAAACUUAUAGAUAUGCAUCUAUAAAUCUAUAAGAUACAUAUCCUACAUAACAUUUAUUUAACUUGUCAGCAACGUUACACAACAGAACCUAGAAGUGCAACAGUAGACUUGUACCAGUAUUACAAUAUGCUCCAAAUUCCAGGAACACAUGUACUUUAUUUGUAUCUAGAUAUUCUAUAUAAAUUAAAUCUUUUGAAUACUGCAUAUUUGGUAUCUAAAGUGCCAUAAUAGCCCAUAAUAGCCCAUUGUCAAAUAUGUUUUAUAUGUCAUAAAACCAAAAGACACUGUGGGUCAUGCAAUACAAUACAUACACUCAAACCAGAAAACAAUUAUAAGGAGGUGACUCAUAUCAUAUUUAGAGCACUCUAAAGGCUUGAUUGAAUGUCAACAUAUCUGUUAUUUCGUAGCACACCUAUUGUCAUUAAUCCUCCUUAGCACUAUACAGUAUUGUGUUUCGGUUGUCACUUUAUUUGAAUAAGACAAUUUGAAUAUCGUUUAUUGAAAAAUAAUAGUUAGAUGUGUGAAUGUAGCCCACACUAUAAAGUUAACUGUAUCUGCUUACAAGCCAUGGCAUACGUAUCUUGGCACUUUAUUUUUUAUUAACAGUUUAGGUAGUAUAAUACAUAUACAUAAAUCCUUAUAAAGGCAAAUACAUUAUAAAAAUAUAUAUAGCAUAAGAUGGUGUUCCUCAGGGAAAAAUUCACAGCCAUGAAGAGAGUAACAACAUAUGUUUUGAUUUUAGUAUAGGCAGAUAAACAUGAUUAAUAACAGACGUUCAGCAAAUGGGGAAAGAUUGUCUUUGCAGUGGGCAACAAAACUUUCAAAUGUAAAUACAGUGUAAAAUACCUCAGAUGCAGUCAAGAUAUAUACAUUUAGGAAUUUUAUGUUGCCCCAUCCUUAUCGCAUAUUUUUUAGAUUUGGGAUUCCUUUAAAGUAUAUGUCCAACCUAAACAUCUUUUUAACUUUAUUAGAAUCCCUGUUAGUUUUUUUUUAUUGCUAUCCAGGGCUCUAUAAGAGAGGCUUCCCCUCACCGGUGUCACACUGGUGUCACAAAAAAAAAAAUCUGCAACAGCAACUUAUAAAAAAAUGUGGGAAACUAUCCUUUUCUGUAUGGUUGUUGCUGUCCCUGUUGCAGAUUUCCCCCCACUUGGUUGAAACCAUUGUUAAUUAGAAAAUAAGUGGCUAGAAAUCUAACAAACUCCGAAUAGCAGUACAGCCCAUGUGGAAUUCAAAUUCUUCCCCAGUUCUAUCCAAGUAGUGAAGCUUUGUCUGUACAUACACUUUAAACAACUCAACAUUAGAAAUAUCAAUCUGUAGUUUUGUGUUCUAGCGGCGUACAACGUCUCCUAUAGCCUCAACCAUAGCCCAAAUAACCCAGAACAGCCACAGGACCAAAAACGGGCCAGAUCCUUUAGAUUUGUCCAUAUGCAUUUAGGUGCAGAAAUAGGGAUUUAUUGGAAUAUAUAGAAAUUUAAACUCAAAAUGUUAUUACAGUAACCAAAAUGAAUCAGAGGUUUGUAUUCCAGGAGAACUUCUAUAGCUACAUUACAUAAUAAUGAAAAUAAUAGUAUUAAUAAUAUUUGAAUAAAGUAAAAUAGGCAUUGGACUUCGGAUUACUUGACCAUUCUCUACCAAAUGUGCCAGUAUAUUUGUAUACGUACUGCGGGGCACAUUUCUGGAGGCAGAAGUUAGCUAAGCUAGUCAGGUAAGCACAAUAACAAGUCUAAGGCUUCUCUUAAUACUUGCUAUUGAAAUUAUACACAUGUAUAAUAUGUAUUGCAAAGUAAAAUACCCGU